AUGGCAUUCAUGGCUGGAAAAUGUCUAGGAAGUCUAGGAAGAAAGACAAAAGACGAAGGAAGAUGCCCAAAGUAUACAGCUGCUCCAAAUGCAAGCAACCAGGAUAUACUCGCCCGUACUGUGUGUCCAAGCCUGCUGAGAAAUAAGGUCGGAGGUCUACGAGGAGUUCCCGGACGACUACGCAGCGUUCACACGCAGUCUACUAUUUAUUUCAUAAGGGUCUAUGAGAUGUAA